AUGACUGCCGUGGCAUCUCCACCUAGUGUACAAUCGGGGUCUCGCUUGGGAUGGUACAGUUCUGGUAACGGAGGACAAGGAGCCCUGUCUUCAGUGAACGCGGACGACGUCUCGCGGAUGUUUAUGCCACGGAAGCACAUUCAGCGAUCGAACUCUUCUUCAUCCCUAGGGUCGAAUUCCUCGAUCUCUUCCACAUCUACCGUAACCUCCUCUUCGCAAGAAACACAGAGUUCCGGCAGCGAAUCAGGAACUUGGUCAUCCAAAAAGAAGGCAUCGAAGAAUCCGUGGCCGAGCUCCAAGGCUGAACCGGUAUCAGGGAUAACAAACGCACGAUCUCAGGCUGUACCUGCUUUUUCAUCGGGGCCCAGCGCAUCAUCUACCAUGUCCGCCAUGCAUCAGCCUUCAAACAUCGUCCCUUCGCAGCACAUGCCUCAGUCCUCUCAGCAUAAUGGUGUCCGUCAAUUAAAUGGACAGCCGGCAGAAAACCCAGCAAUUUUGAUACUUGUUCCGAUGAACGGCACCUUUGACCGGAAGCAAAUUAAUGUGCCAUAUUUCCCCGAGGUUCUACGAAUCGGACGUCAAACAAACGCGAAAACAGUGCCCACGCAUCUCAAUGGGUUCUUCGAUUCAAAAGUCCUCUCUCGGCAGCAUGCUGAGAUAUGGGCUGAUAAGUCCGGCAAAGUCUGGAUUCGCGACGUCAAAUCCUCCAACGGUACUUUUGUCAACGGCCAGAGAUUGUCGCCUGAAAACCGCGAAUCGGAACCGCAUGAGGUUCGCGAAGGCGACACCCUGGAACUUGGCAUCGAUAUCGUUAGCGAGGAUCAGAACACCAUCGUCCACCACAAAGUCUCGGCCAAGGUUGAGCAUGCAGGCUUUUAUGGCACCACGCCUAGUAUCCUGGACCUGAACUUUGGGGACUUGGAUCCCGCCUCUGGAGGUGGCCUUCUUCCUUCCCCUUUGAGCCAACCGCUCUCUCACAUGCGCGGCCGAGCCGGUAGCAAUGCGAGUAGUCGAAGCACGCAGAGUGUGGCCAGCACUCAGCUCAACGCUCUACACCAACAACGGCAGAUGAACUACUGGAACUCGCCAAUCUCCAUCGAACAAGUCGUCAAGCGGCUGACGGGCGAACUGAAAUCCGCAAAGCAACAAACAACAGAUCUCGCUCAGGCUGAUGAAUUUUUGACAACGAUCAUGAAACCGGGUUACGCAGAGAAAGAAAGGCUGGCCAAGCCAUCUCCUUUGGAAAGCAGUGCUGCCCACCGACAGAUGAAUGGGCGACCUAAAAUGCCGCGAGUAGACUCAUUUUCAAGGUUCUCCGAUCCCCCCGCCCCUCCUCCUCAACAACCUCUGCCCGAGAAACCCGAUGCGCUGUCCCGAAGUGCGUCAGAGUCGUUCUCUUCUUUGAAACGCUCUGAUACCGAAAAACCAAAAAGCGGCACCGGCUCCCCUGUAUCACGCGAUUCCAGCCAGAUUCUGUCUCUCAUCGAGGCACUAUCAUCUGCAAAGCGGGAAAUCGAUACCCAAGGCACACGGGUCAAGGAACUGGAAAAUAUGCUCUUGAAAGAGCAGGCCGCUCGCAAAUUGGCAGAAGAGAGGGUCCAUGAAUUGGAGAACCGCCCCACAGUGGAGAGCCAAGAUACAAUCGAGAUGAACGAUGCCGUCUUGGAGCAAGAGCAAGAGGAGCCAGAGGUAACCGUGCAGGCCAACGGCAUUCACCCUUCGGAAAUCUCUAGUUCAGAAGACAGCCAGGGAGACGUCGCCGAGGACAAGACCUCUGAGCUUCAGGUCCGUUUGGAAGCCAUGAUGGAAGAAAUGGCAGAAAUGAGAAUACAAGUGGCAACCUUCAAAGACCGUGCUGAGAAGGCUGAAGACAACACUACUCAGGCUCGCAAGUCGUUGGCAGAAAUGGUUGAAACCCUGCAGCAAGAACGAGCCGCGAAGGCAUUGGCAGCUAACAGCAAAUUCGAUGCCGAUCAUGGAACAAGCAAGAAUUUGCCGGCUGAAAGCGACAAAGUGGAUUCCAAGACCGUGCAAUGUUUGGAUUCAAAAAACAAGGGGAUUAACGCUGCAGCCACCGCGUUUGCACAACAACGGCAUAACUACGUGGAAGAAGCAAGUCCCUAUGCCUCCAUCUUCGGUGUAGUACUGCUAGGGGUGGGCCUGAUGGCUUAUCUCAACGGUUGGCAGAAGAUGGACAAAUAA